AUGGCGGCUUGGACCAUUGUCAAUCUGAGCAGAACCGCUGGACCCUGCUUGCGGGUUCUAGGCCCUGGAGCCCAGGCGGCUUUUCCGUGCGUCUCCCCAGGCUUUCAGCCCCAUCCCCCGGGCUGUAGCCCCGCUCGGAGUCGGACGCUGCACCGCACCACCGCAGCCCCCGCUGGGCACAACAAGUGGUCCAAAGUCCGACAUAUCAAGGGUCCCAAGGACACUGAAAGGAGUCGCAUCUUCUCCAAGCUUGCUUUGAGCAUCCGCCUAGCGGUUAAAGAAGGAGGCCCCAACCCUGACCUCAACAGCAGCCUGGCCCACAUCUUAGAGGUGUGUCGCAACAAGCACAUGCCCAAGUCAACAAUUGAGACAGCGCUGAAAAUGGAGAAAACCAAGGACAUUUAUUUGUUAUAUGAAUGUCGAGGCCCAGGUGGCUCUUCUCUGCUCAUUGAGGCAUUAUCUAACAGUGGCCCCAAGUGCCAUUCGGACAUCAAACAUAUCCUGAACAAGAAUGGGGGAAUGAUGGCUGAAGGAGCUCGCUACUCCUUUGACAAAAAGGGGGUGAUUGUGAUUGGAGUGAAGGACAAAGAGAAGAAAGAAGUGAGCUUAGAACGUGCCCUGGAGCUGGCGAUUGAAGCAGGAGCUGAGGAUGUUAACGAAACUGAAGACGAAGAGGAACAAAACAUUUUUAAAUUUAUUUGUGAUCCCUCUUCACUACAUCAAGUGAGGAAGAAGCUGGACUCCCUGGGCUUGUGUCCUGUGUCCUGUGCACAAGAAUUCAUCCCCAACACAAAGGUGCGGCUGGCUGACCCUGACCUGGAGCAGGCCGCCCACCUCAUCCAGGCUCUUGGCAACUAUGAGGACGUGAUCCAGGUCUAUGACAACAUUGAGUAA